AUGUUAAAAUUUAUCAUCAUUUCAACAUUAUUAUUACUGCAAUUUAUUUAUGCUGAAGAAAUUCAGCCUGUGGUAAUAAAUAAAUUUGAGAAUAAUAUGAACAGAGAAAUGAAAGCUAUCUCAUCAAACUGUCCACGAUCAUGUCCACCAUCAGAAGAUCAACAGCCAGUAUGUGGUACGGACGGAAUUAUUUAUGCAAAUUCUUGUGAAUUAAAAAAGAAAACAUGUACGAAAGGAAAUAUAAAUGCGAUUAAAGAAGAUCCAGAGGGCUGUGAGCGUUCGAAAGGAUCACAAUGCAAUCACAAAUGUCCAUCGGAAAAAGAUUUAGUGUGCGGUACAGACAGUAGAACUUAUUUAAAUCGUUGCAUGUUGGCUGUUCAAGCAUGUAGAGUAGGAAAAGCAGCUGUAUCGUUAGCACACAUGGGCUCAUGCUUAAACGGUUCAGUUAUUCGUGAGUCUUGCCCCGUCGAUUGUAACAGCGCUCCCCAAGAUGGGCCAGUUUGUGCAUCAGAUGGAAAUGUAUACAACUCAACAUGUCAAAUGAAAUUGAUCACGUGUGGGCAAGGUGUUGUAAGAACAAGCAGAAAACAUUGUCAAAGUACAAGAAAUUGUCGAGAGUCAUGUUGGAGAGUUGCUCGUCCAACGUGUGGUUCAGAUGGUAGAUUAUAUGCUAGUCCCUGUAAAAUGCGAUCAUCAAAUUGCGGCAAGCAUGUUUUUGAGGUGCCAAUUUCCUUCUGUAUGUCACAACAAGAGAGAACUGGAAGCUUCAGUAAUUAUUAUCAAGGUGAUUGUCCUAAAGCAUGCGACGGAAUUGAAGAAAAGUACGUCUGUGGCAGUGACGGAAGCGUCUACACUUCAGAGUGUGAACUCAAAAUGCUUAAUUGCGGAAGUCAAAAGAAAAAUAUCCAAGUAGUUCCAAUCGAGAAAUGUCAAAAGAAAAUGGACAGGUGUAAGAAGAACACAGAAAUCGCAUGCAAGAGUCAAAAGAAACAGAAUUCAUUCUUUGGAAAAGAAGAUACAAUUUGCGGAACUGACUCCAAAACAUAUGCCAAUGAAUGUGAAUUACAAAAGGCUACAUGUUUGCGAGGUGUUCAGAUGGCACAUAUUGGAAGUUGUUCGAAAUUAAGCAACGAGCAUGCAUGUGAGGCAUGUACAGAUGAUGAUUAUGAAUUGCAACCGAUUUGUGCAUCGAAUGGUCAAGUCUAUCAGAAUAAAUGCGAGAUGAAGCAGCAAACUUGUGGGCUUCAUGUUGUACCUGUAUCAUUACAAAACUGCCCAAAGACUCAAUUCUGCGAUGUCGAUUGUGACUCAUUGAACGGUCAACAACCAAGUUACAUUUGUGGUUCUGACAAUAAGCUAUACAAGUCUGAGUGUCAUAUGAGAAAAGAGAAUUGUGGAAAGCAUGUAUUCAUUGUGCCAAUUAAGAGAUGUCUCACAACAUUCACAUUCAAAGGUUGUGCAACAAUCUGCCCACAAGAAUAUGAUCCUGUAUGUGGAACCGAUGGUAAAACAUAUUCAAAUGAAUGCUUUCUUUCCAUUGAGAGAUGCCGAACGAAGAAUAAAAUUAUGAAAAAAUAUUUGGGACCAUGUGGAAGACCUGAACAGUCGCCUGCAAAUUAUUUAUAUUAA